CCAGCUGGAAACCACAGUGGGAGGGGGGCGGGGAGGAGAGGCGAUCGCCAUGGGGCCCUGGAGUCGAGUCCGGGCGGCCAAAUGCCAGAUGCUGGUCACCAGCCUCUUUGUCUUGCUCCUGGGCCUCGCUGUGGCCACCAUGGCAGCUCUCACCUAUUUUGGGGCCCCCCUUGCUGUCAUCAGCCACGCGUCUCGAGAGAGGACCCCCUUCGAGGCCUUGCAUCGUCGGGCCUUCUUCGCAGGAACCGGCCUGGCGGGGCUCCUGGCCCUGGGGGCUGUGCUGAGCUCUGCAGCCACAGUGAGAGAAGCCAGGGGCCUCAUGGUGGGGGCCUUCCUGUGCUUUGCCCUGGCGUUCUGUGCCCUGGUGCAGGUGGCCUUCUGGAGAUUCCACGACCCCACCCAGGUGGAAGACGCCGUGUUGGACACCUACGACCUGGUGUUCGACCGGGCGGUGAAGAAUCUGUCCGGCAUCUGGCGGCAGGAGCUGGCAGCCAUCCAGGACACGUUUCUAUGCUGUGGCAAGAGCUCUCCGCUAGGGCUCCAGGGCAGCUCCGGGGCAGACCUGUGUCAGGGAGAGGAGCCUGCAAGACAGGACUGCCUGCGGGGGCUCGGGAGCUUCCUGAGGAACCACGGGAACGCCGUGUCCACUCUGAUCAGCCUCGGCCUCGUCUCCACGGUGUACGCCGUGCUGCUCAGCGCCUUCCUCUGCUUCGCCAUCCACUCGGGCCGCAGCUUGGACCGCAAGGGCAAAUACACCCUGAGCCCAAGGGCCGGUGGCCGCCAGCCCCAGGAGCCCAUCUUCUUCAGAUGCUGCCGGGAGGGGCCAGCACCUCGUCACGCGCCUGAGGCAGAUGUUUGCGAGGCCCGUCCAGGUCCGAGCAGAUGCUUAAGGGCCUCUUUCCUGCUCCAGGACACGAAGCCGCCCACCCACGGAGGCGGCAGUGACACUGCGGCCCUGGCCCACACGUGAUCCUUACCAGGAGGGGACCAGGCCUUUCCCUCCGCGUCACGCGGGCCCGGGAGCCAGGACCUCCGGCCAGAGGUGUGGGGCUGGCGCAGGGGGACUCUCACAGGCUGGGAGCCGGCGGGAAGGAGGCAGGACAGAGGAAGCAGAGGGCAGGCUUGGCCGAGCUCUGCAUGGAGCCUCGCAAGGUCAAGCCCAGCUGGGGGCAGGGCUGGGCUCCCCCCCGGCAGACCCUGGGCCCCUCCAGGCCACCCCCCUUCCCUGGUCAGGGGGUGGGCAGAGUUCAGUUCUGCGCGGCUGCAGGACCGGGGCCCCUUCCUUGCCAGCUGUCAACCGGGCAGUUCUGCUCCCCGAGACCACCUCCCCUUCUCACGGGGCCCCCCAGCCUCAGGUCCACACGGCAGGGGGGCUCCUGCUGGUGCGGAGAAUUCCUCUGACUCUGCUACCUGCUGGAGGGCUCUGCUUUCAGAGGCUCAGGGGGCUAGAUGAGCCCACCCAGGUAACGCCCCCGGCCAAGGAGCAACCACAGCGUUAGUGAUUCGGUGUUUACGGAACCCAGGGACUGAGGCCGGCGGGGCGGGGAGGGGGCAUUUGGGCACUUCUGCCGGCCGCAGCCCGGCCGCCGGCCACCCGACCGCCUGGUGGAGGAGCGCUCUCUAACCAACUGGCGCAUCCUUCGCUCAAAGCCCAAAGUCCCAGGUGGGACACCAAGCUGGCCCAGCCGACAAAGGAGAAUGGGAUACGUCUGUGACAGGGACAAAGUGACAGAUGCCGACUCAUCCGCCGCUCGUGUUUCCAAUCCCACCCUCUCUUCCCACACUUUCACCUUCCAGAACAGGCUCCCACCUGAUAGAAAGCAAAUAGCCCCCCUGCAGGUGAGGUGCACAGCCCCCCUGCCCCCAGAAGGUGCCAGAAGCCUCAUAGUUCUGCGUUUGGUAACCAUCCAGGGACCUGGGGACGUGCUCCUCUCCUCACUCCCUUCCUCUCAUCUUGCAAAAUAAAUUUCCCAGAAAGUUUCA